AUGGAUCCGGCGAAGUCGAGGGCGCGGACGACAAAGGUCUCUCGCUACCUCGACGCCAACCCGCGGGCGACCAUGGCCGACGUCGCGCGCCUGGUGACGAUCCACGAAGGCCUGUCGAAGGCCGACGUCGACGCGUGGACCGUCUUCACAACGACGCCACCGGAAGAGAUCAUCGACGCUGCUGUCGCGUUCAAGGAGCUGGGUGUCCUUGGCGACAAGGCGAAGAACUCGGAUUUGGUCAAGCGCGAACUUUGGUUUCUCAGCAACGUCGGGGUCAAGACCUCAACGAAGGGCAAGAAGAAGCACUACAAUGUCUCAGCCCUAUCGAUGACUUGCGUCAUCUUGGCUCUGCCCGAAGAACACAAGGCUCGUUGCACAUUGGUCGCGAUCAAGAUGGCCUUUCGCACGUUCUUGACGCGCCAGGAGAAGGAGAAGCGUCAAGCCGAGCCUACGAUCGAGCACCCGACGAAGAAGCGGACCCAAUCCGAGCCGGCAGCUCCGCUCGAGUCGCCCGUGGCGAAGCGCAUCAAGACGAACCUCGCAUCGACACCCCAAACGCCAACCAAGACCGAGAUCAAGGCCGAAGGCACGGAGGACGCGUUUAUGUACUUGACGCCGCCCCACCCAACCAACCAGACGAAGUACACAUCGUCUUUCGAUGUCUAG